AUGGCGUCGUCAUCUUCUUUGACAACAGGGAGAAGUAGAAGGAGGGUGAAUUUGAUAAGGGCACCAAGUCAUGAGGAUAAUUAUGAAGGUCCGACAAGAUACUGCCACCAUAGGUUGGUGGCUCCACGUUGGAUGGCAUGGACAGAAAGCAACCCUGGGCAAAGGUUCUAUGGGUGUCGACACUACUACCAGGAUAGGGGUUGUGGCUACUUCGCUUGGCACGAUGGUCGAAGGUUGUGUAAUGAGGUUGAUGCAAUCCACAGAGAAUUGAGGAAGCUAAAAUGUAGGACUCAUACAAGGGAAAGUGAAGUAAGAAAGGCUAAAAAUAAAUUGAAAAUUGCUGUGGUUGCAUUGAUGAUGACAUGGGUGUAG